AUGUCCGUUGUUCUUAAUCGACAGAUUUUCCGAGUCAACAAUUCCCAAGCGCAGAUCGCAUCUCUCGCUUUACAUCAGGGCCAGCACCGCAAUCAGCAAGUCGACACUUUGAGCUCCAUCAUGUCGGCUAUCGCUCCUGAUACGAUGGAUUCCAUCUCGUAUCUCAUCUACAUGUUCUACACCAUAGAGACGAAUGUUUUCCUCAUGCUAGGACUAUCUCCGGCCACGGCGUUCCGAAUGUUUCCUCCGCUGGAGCAAUUCCCGGAAGGCAGUGUGGGCAAUUUCGCUCUCUUUAUGCAGUACUCAUCGCUCGCCGCACUGCUUUUCUGUGCCCUUGCUGAAGUAUUUCCGGUUCAACAUAUGGACGAGAAUGAUCCUGGUUUGCUGACCGCGUUAUUUCAACAAGUGGUGGGAAACAAUCCUGCGCUCAAUUCUCUUCUUAGGUUCAUCCGUACGUGGCUGUUUAUGGCGAGCUUGCACGUUUUAUGCUUCGAAUUCGUGGAGGCGCGAGAUUUACUCUUGUUCUUGGCCAAGGCGCGUGCGCUGUGCGAACUCUUGUAA